GCAGAGGCUUGAGCAGGCUUUGGGGAAUGUCUUUGGAAAAGUGCUGUCAGCUACCGAGAGGGCAGCACAAGCUGCAGAGGCUCAAGCAGCUUCUGCCAAGACGGAUGGCUUGGUGAAGGCCAUGAAGGUGGAAGCAUGGAAGCCAACUACGAGAGAGGAGGAGCUGAAGACGUGGCGCGACUGGUUCUUUCAGCUUUCUACUUGGCUUAUCGCAAAUGAUAGUGCGUACGAAGAUGAGUUCAAUCAGAUUGAAGCAGACAGUCCAGUGGAUCAUGAUUUACUGGAUGAGGAGGCCAUAAGCAGGAGUCAGAAGCUGUAUGGCCUUUUGUGCUCUUUGUUGAAGAAUCGACCUUUGCUGUUGAUACGUUCCUUGGAAAAGGAAAAGGCUGGCUAUGAAGCCAUUCGCAUUCUCAAGAACGAGAUGGAGCCGAAGGAAAGGGCAAGGAGCCUUGCAAUUGUGAAGCAACUUGCGGCUUGGCAAUUCAAAGAUGGAGUUGGUCUGCACGAACAGCUAAUCUCCUAUGAGGAGGCCUUGCGGAAUUAUGAGGCGAGCUCAGGGAAUGUCUUUCCUGAUGAUCUGGUGGUUGCAACAGUUGUCACUGGACUUAAGGAGCCUCUGAGAUCGCAGGUGCAGCUGAGAAUGAGGUCCACCACAAAGUACAGUGACAUUCGCGAGUGGAUCCUGCAAUAUGAAAACGUCAAUGCGCCUUGGAGUUUGUCAGUGAACCAGAAAGGUGGAAAUCAAACCACCAACAGUGGGCCCCAGCCAAUGGAUGUCGACCAGAUCAAAGGCCAGUGGGGCAAGUGUGGGAAGAGCGGCAAGGACAAAGGAAAGCACGGCAAGCAAGGCAAAGACAAGAAGGGCAAGCAGCAGCAACCAUGGCAGAGUGGCAAGCACCAGCAACCGUGGCAAAGUGGCAAGCAUCAGCAGACAAAAGGCAAGCAUCAACAGUACACUUGGGGCAAAGGAAAAGGUCAUGAUGGCUCUGGCAAAGGCUAUGGUGGCUGGGAACCCCAGAAGGGGAAGAAAGGCAAGGGCAAUGGGGCUUGCAAUAAUUGCGGGCAGUUCGGGCAUUGGAAGAAUGAAUGCCCAUCAAAAGGCAAAGGCCAAGCAGUGCGCCAGGUGGAGGACACGCAGUCCCAGUCGGGACAUUCCACAGCAGCUGCUUCUGGUGUUUCUACAAGCGCCUCCGCCUACAGAGUUCCAAGCACAGUCCAGCGUGUGGAAGCAGUUCAUGAAGCAGCUUUGUACACUCCUCCCGGCUGUCGAGAAACUUUGAUUUUCGAUAUCUCUGAGAUUGAGUGCGAUCCCGGUGACCUUGAUGAGUUUAGUCUGCCGAGUGUCAUGGUGAUUAAGGCUUUGCCCCAGCACUUUGAAAUGGACGCCGCUGACUGUGACAAGGACUGGGAUGUGUGGUCUCCGUCUGCCCUCGACACAGAUCUCACGCCGGAAACGGGAAGCGAGGCCCAGCUAGUUGCUGCAAAUGUGAAUGUCAUUGAAAGUGGUGCUGGAUUUCAGCCAAUGGUUGAUGUGGUGGUUGAUUCUGGUGCCGAUGUUUCUGUGGCACCCCUCAGCUACAGGCAUUGUGGUGAAGCUGCUGGACGGACGGGAGUCCUUAUGCAAGAUGCCCAGGGCAAGAGGAUCCAAGAGAUUGGGUCCAGAAUCCUCAAUGUGGAGGUCAAGGAUGCUGAUGGAAGGCCAGUGCAGCUCAGGGAGCGUUUCUCCAUUGCAAACAUUGGGUCAGUAAUUCUCUCUCUGUGUCGCUUGAUUCGAGGCGGCUGGAACUUGUCGCAUGGAAAUUUUGGGCAGUGUUUGGUGAAAGAUGGCUGCUCCAUCCCCAUCAGACUUAGGAGGAACACGCUGGUCAUGGCUGCAAUUGUUUCUGCCAUUGCAAUGUACGAUUCUGGCCCUUUGCCACCGGAGGCAGAGGAAGUUGCUACCCAGGCGGGGUGGCAUAUCAUGCCAUCAGGACUACCUUUGCGAGUGGUUCACCGUGCAACGGCCGUUCCUCUUGAAGACUCUUUGUGGAGUACAGACGAUUGGUCCUGGGUUAGUGUCUUUGUCAGAAAAGAGGUUUCAGAGCGCCAGCCUCAGCCAGGAGAUGUUUGGCUUCAAGUUCUCACUAUGAGCAGUCAGGACUUUGAAAGGCACCACAGACAGUUGAUCCUCAUCGAUCCGGAACUGCAGGGUGAGCGUGACAUUUGCAUUCUGUUUCAUGUCGAGGAAAUUCCCAACAGUGUUUUGUCUGAUCCUGGUGAGUUGUUCAGAGCGCCGUGCGAAAGGGAUCCCCCUUUCUAUCCUGCAGGCGAGGAGCCAGGUGCAGGGGUCAUGGUGGAUGAUGUCAUGGCUGAGGGACGUCCCGUGCGUGGUGCUCAGGAGGAAGAGCCAGGUGAUGCCGUGUUGGAUGGUGUGACCCUCAACAUGGCCACACCUUUGAAAGCCCUCAAAGACCUUUGCGCUCAGCUAGGGUUAGCUACAAGUGGAGCAAAGCCUAAGGUUCUUAAACGGUUGCGUGACCACCAUGAAAUCAUGGAAAGACAGAUGGCCAGUGAUGUGGCCAGGAAGCUGUUCCAAGAGCAGGAAAGGGUGCCUGAAACUUUGCGAGCGCCAGUGCUGCCCAGUGCAAGGCAGCAGGAGCUUCAUGCCAUUACUCACCAGCCGUUUGCAAGUUGGUGCCCUUCAUGCGUCCUCGGCAGAAGCAGGCAGAGCCCCCACUCCUCCUCACAGCGUGUGGAGAAGAAGGGUGACCUCAGCGAUACCAAGCCUUGUAUCCAGAUUGAUUACUGCUACACAUUCACUUCAGAAAGGGGUGAGGGCCAUCUUAGCGAAUCAAAGUCUCGUGAGGAUCCCAAUGUCGAAGCAGAAGCACCUCAGCCCCUAGUUGGAGAUGCAGAUGAAGCUGAGAAUGUUCCAGAUUACAUGAAUCAGUUUGGCUUGAAUCUUGCAGGCGCUGAGUCCACUACUGGAUGGGUGAUUGCAAUUCCUCUCAUGGCUAAAGGCACCUCCUCCCUAAAGAAGGUCACAGAGCACAUCACACGUUUGAGCAUGCAAGUUGGUGGCGGUGAUAAAGUGGUUGUUCAAGGGGAUCCGGAGCCCGCAGUGAAGCAAGUGAUCAACAGUGUUGAGGCGUGCAGGGUAAAGCUUGGUUUGACCACUGAAACUCGUUUUGCUCCCAGAGGGUCCCAUGCUAGCAAUGGUCUGGCUGAGAAAGCAGUUGACACUGUGAGGAGAAAUGCUUUGACUUUGAAAGCUCAUGUUGAGGACCGGAUCAAGGCCAAAAUUGGGGGUCAUUGCCCAAUCUUCGCAUGGCUGCUGAGACACGCUGCUUUUCUUCACAACCGUUUCUUCACCACUGCCAAAGGAGCCCCUCCUUACGAAAUUGUGUAUGGUCGGCAGUUCAAAGGCAAAUUGAUUGUCUUCGGAGAGCAGUGCAUUUUUCACAAGCAUUCCAAGUACAAGGGUGAUGUUCAAUGGCGUAGGGGCAUUUGGGUUGGUGUCAAUGAGCGCAACGGUGCCCAUAUUCUUCUCACCGAUGAGGGCGCCUUCGAAAGCCGGUCCAUACGACGACUUCCUGGAGAAGAGCAGUGGUGUGCUGAAAGUGUACUGCAAGCAAAAGGGUUGCCUUGGGAUUACCUGGGGAAAAUGAAGAGGAAGAAGCCCCUUUACACUUCCACCAGGGUUCCCCUCUUGCCUGACAGUGCAACUCUUGAGGAGUUGGCAAAAGCUGCUGGGAAAGCGGCAGCAGAGACUAUUGUUGCAGCCACUCCCAAUCUCGGAGCACGUGAUGAAGCAGGUGGUGGAGGCACUCUUUAUCCUCCAAGCUUCGCAGGCGUCAACCUAAUCCAUGGUGAUGUUCCAAUGGACGAACUAUCUUCCUCUGGUGAUUGGAUCAAUGAUGUGGAGGAUGUCUUGGAGGCUGAUCCGACAGAUGAGCUGCUUUGGGAUUAUGAUGGUGAGUCACCUCCUCAGCUCUCUGCAGAGGAGCUGAGCAAGCUUGAUCUCAAAAGCGAUUUGAUUGAGGUGGAGCGCCUGGUUGCAAUGGGAGUCCUUCGGGAGAUGAAGCCAGGGGAGAAUGUGACAGAAUACUCUCUCCUUUCCACGAAAGUUGUGCGGGAUUGGAGAAAGAGGCCUCACUGGGUCAGGAGGAGCAGGCUUGUAGCGCGUGAGUUCAAGACGUGGACGCCUUGGUCUCAGGAGUUGUUCGCACCUGCCUCUUCACUUGGAGUUGUGCACAGCCUCAUGGCAUUGGCGCAAAGCAAGGGCCUCGAGUUGGUCACCCUAGACAUCAAGGAUGCCUACCUAAAUGUUCCCCAGAAGAUGAAAGUGAUCAUCCAAGUCGAUGCGGCGCUCCUUGGGGAUCCGGGUGGUGGCCUGAUAACGUUUGCCCUUGAUCGACUUCUACCUGGACAGCGUGUUGCUGCCAGUGAGUGGUUUGUGUUUAUUAAAGACAUUCUGGUCGAGGCGGGGCUUCAGGGCUUUCAGAAGGAGCCUACACUGUUUAGGUCAGAGACCAAGGAUGAUGACGAUACAAACUUGGUGUUGCGUGCUGAUGAUGGUCUUCUUGCUUCAAGCGCAGCUGCAAGGGAACUGGUGUCCCAGCUGAACAAACACGUGAAGGUGCAGGUCAGUGAGCCCAUGAAAGAUGUGGGUGAUGAGUUGGAGUUUCUCAAGAGGCGUUAUGUGAAGGUCGAGGAUGGCAUUGUGAUGUACUCUAGGCGCAGGCAUCUGGAAGGGCUUUUAGAGGCACUGGGGAAUGUGAAAGAGCGUGAUGCCCCGAGUGACCAAUCCUUCUUGGAUGCUGACUCAACAGAUGUGCUUCCUCCAGCCAAAGCACGAGUCUUUAAGGAAUGCGUAGGCAAAAUGAGCGAGCCCACGAUCAUGUCUAUGAAAUGGCUGCAUCGCGUGGUUGGUUACUUGAAGCGUGUCCCUUCGCUGGGAUUCCUCAUCGAGCCGGUGAUGAUCAAUGGUUGCUUGGAGUUCUCUGGCCAUGAGUUCCCCUUUGCUGGCUCAAAGAUUGUGCUUGAAUCGGUCACUGAUGCAGACUGGGCAGGCAACCGAGCCACCCGAAAGAGCAAGUCGAGCGUUCACCUUUACCUUGGAGGUUCUUUGGUGGCAAGCUUCGUGCGUAGCCAAAGGUCAGUUGCUUUGAGCUCAGGAGAGAGCGAGUUUGUGGCAAUGGUUUCCGGGGCUACUGAAUGUGUGUAUCUUCGUGAGUGCAUUGACUUUAUGACCAAGAAGAAGUAUGAUUUGGACUGCAUUUUGCGGUCCGACAGUGCGGCUGGGCGUGGCAUCAGCCAAAGAAUUGGCUGUGGAAGAAUCAGGCACUUGGAUUGUGGAUUCCUGUGGGUCCAAGAUGGCGUGAAGCAGCGCUGGUUCAGGGUUGGGCCAAUCAGUGGGGCGAAGAACCCAGCGGAUCUCGGCACUAAGCCGUUAGCUGGGGCUCGCCUUCGAGAGUUGGUCUGCAGAGCUGGUGGCGUGGAUGAAGAUGGCGAGAAAUUCGGUGCUGAAGAGCUCGGUCGUGCUGAAGUGAGACAGGUCCUGAAAAGUGCAAGCGUGAAAGGAUCAAAGGCGAAACAAAUCUUGCCUGUUUUGAUGAUCCUUGCUCAAGUGAUGGGAGCUGAUGCGGUUGAGGGCUUGGGCCUGGCUAUGAUCGCUUCGAGCUUUGAAGAAGUGUUUGUCUCCGUUGUUUCGACGAUGGUGGCGGCAGUAGUCCUCAUGAUGUUGAUUGUGGGGAUUCCUUGGUCCAUGUACAGUGGAGCGAGCUUGUUUGCAAGCUGGUUCAGGGCAAAGCUGUCAAGAGGGGUGAAUGUUAAAGACAUUGGUGUUCAAGUGAAUCGUGGCAUGAGUAGAUCUGAAGAAAGGUUUGUACAGGAGUACAAAGACAGGCUCGCUGAGACUGAGAGUCUGUGGCAUGAAGAAAUGGAGAAGACUGCACAGUGUGAACGAGAGCUUCGCCAAUGUAGAUCAGAAAUUCGGGAACUGAGAGGGCAGCUAGCAGCUGCCAACCAGCGAACAGCUGUUCCAGCUGAAAUUCAUGCAGCCAGCCGACCCCACGGCAUUGUGCAGGACAACAGGCGAGCGGCCGCGCCGCUUCCGCCAGUAGUCCUGGAGCCCGAGGUCCGUUUUUCGGCAGGAAGAGCUCCGAAAUUCAACAUUGGCAUAGCGGUUCUUGGUACCCAUGCCACGCUCUCGCUGGAACCUGUAGAGAUGCUGCGAAGGUUUUCAGGCCUGCAAGUGUCGGCAGUGUUUUACGGUCUGGAACCUCGCUUCUGCCAGCUGAUGGGCAUCUGCGACCAGGGGAGCGCGAUCCUGGCGCAGCUUUUCAAGGACGCAGAGAAAGAUCCUUUUGCGCGACUUGCCAGCAUGAAGUGGCUGCCUCUUCUUGGGUACCUGGGUGUGGCUUUGCUGAACAGCUGCCCGCCAGAGGACCUGGCCAAGUUCUGGGAUUCUUUGGUUCACGUAAUGGACACACCGGAUCUUGCGGAGAUGGCUGUCAACAACUUGAUUCUCUCCGAGCAGAUCUACUACCAGACUGGUUACCGAUUUCCAUACGUACGAGCACAUGGCCUCUACACCAACAUGGCCUAUGCACCGAGCAAGCUGCAAGACAUCCUCGUGUGGCGUGCGCCCUUAUUCAGUUAUGUGACAACCCGAUGUGCCAUGAUGCAUUUCAUGGCCGCCAAUCCCCAGCUUGCCAUCCAUUUUCACUUCAUGGAGGAAGGUGAAAGCUUGCCCUACGCAGAGGUGGCAACUUUCAAGGCAGUUGCGCUGAUUCCCUGGGACCAUGCGCUGAUGACUUUCUACGAGCUGUAUAGUGCCAACAUUCCGCUGCUCAUGCCUGGCACGGAGUGGAUGUACCGCUUGCUUUACCAGCGGGGACAGCUCUCGGUGGGAGAGCGCCUAUACCAGUCCGUGCUUCCUGGCUACACUCCGCCGCGGGUCGAGUUUGCCGAGGCUGAAGGGCAAUCUAUGCCGCCGAGUGCAGCUACUGGGCUCAGCUCGGCAAAGGCUGCCCGUGGUGUCGCGGAGGAUGUGAUCAGCCGUGGCCUGCAAGCCACAGACCUCGAGACCGCCAAGCAGUAUUUGAAAGCUGCUCUUGAGCUGAUGCAGGACAUGAAGUACUUCCUGGCCGUCGCGGAGAACAAGACCGAUGAGGACUCCUCCACGUCAAUGGGUGUUGUACGUCGCUCCGCCUCCGGAGGGGCCAAAAGCUCUUCGCAGGCAAUACGCUCGCGGAAGAUGGCUCCAAAGCAUCCAGAUGUGUGGCAUCCCUACACUCCUUUUCAGAUGUCCCCGCUCGACUCCAACGACUGGACGCGCAUGCGGAAGGGGACUUGGUGGCUCCGGCGAGGAGCCCGAUUUGAUGCUAUGAGGCCAGCAAGUGCAGAGAUUCCAGGGGUCGGCUCGUUUUGA